AUGGCCAUAUUUCCUGCAGGAAAAACAGGGGCCGAGGUCCGAGUGCCCAGGCCAGGACAGUGUUCCUGCCUGGCCCUAGGAGGGCUUUGGUUGGUCCCUCAGACUCUCUCCCGAUUUCCCAUCACCACUAUCUUUGGUGCUCCGACUUUGUUCCGCAUGCUGGUGCAGCAUGAUCUUACCAGUUACAAGUUCAUGAGUCUGCAGCACUGUGUAAGUGGAGGGGAGCCACUCAACCCAGAAGUGAUGGAGCAGUGGAAAAGAACGACUGGCCUGACUAUCUGUGAAGUAUAUGGACAAACAGAAACAGGAAUAGUUUGUUCCGUUUUCAAAGGGAUGAAGAUUAAACCAGGAUCAAUGGGAAAGGCAGUUCCCCUUUAUGAUGUUCAGAUCAUAGAUGAGAAUGCCAGUGUUCUGCCUCCUGGACAAGAAGGGGAAAUUGCCAUCAGAAUCAAUCCUGAGAAAACCGCUUCAUCAGAACAUGGAAAUUAUUUUGUCACGGGAGACAGAGGGACUAUGGAUGAAGAAGGAUAUUUCUGGUUUCUUGGAAGAUCUGAUGAUGUCAUCAAUUCUUCAGGGUAUCGUAUUGGACCAUCUGAAGUAGAGAAUGCCUUCAUAAAGCACCCGGAUGUAGUAGAAUCCGCUGCUGUCAGCAGCCCAGAUCCCCUCAGAGGCGAGGUGGUGAAAGCUUUUGUGGUCUUGUCACCUGCCUUUUCCUCGUGUGACCUGGAAAAAUUAACGCUUGAGUUGCAGGAGCAUGUCAAGAAAGUCACCGCUCCAUACAAAUAUCCCAGAAAGAUGGAAUUUGUCCAACAGCUACCCAAGACAAUCACCGGGAAAAUCAAGAGGAAUGAGUUAAGGAACAAAGAAUGGGGGUGA